AAAAAAAAAAAAGAUCCAACUGAAACUUUUGCUCAUGACUAUCUCAAAGAACUCGGCUCUUAUCUUUGGCGGCACUGGUGCGGUGGGGAAAUGUCUUGUCCGUGAUGCUCUUGCCUCCAAGGCUUUCACUCAUGUCCUCACCCUUGGCCGCCGCCCCGUCAAAACAGACGACGGUAGUUUUACAAAUACAGAAGUGAUUGAGCAAAAAGUCGUUGAUUUUGAGAACAUCACCGAGACAUUCCCACAAUCGGACUUGCCUCAGGUAGUGUUUUGUACUUUGGGAACUACACGAGCAGCCGCAGGAGGAGCCGAGGGUUUCAAGAAGAUUGAUCAACAAUACGUACUGGACUCGGCCCGUUAUGUUCAUUACCUCUAUUGUUCUUCUGCAAAUGCGAGUGAGAAAUCAUUCUUCUUGUAUCCCAAGACUAAAGGUGAAACCGAGAAUGCAUUGGCCGCGAUUGGCUUUGAGCGAGUGAGUAUUUUCCAACCUGGGUUCCUCAAGCCUGUUGAACCUCGUGAAUCUGGUAACCGGUUCGCAGAAAUGGCAGUUGAUCUGCUUAUGCCG